UGUUAUUUAUUUUCCAAACACAACCAACUUCCAUUCCUUCUUUCUGAUUAUCAAAAAUGGUGCUUCCUCCUCCACCCCUCUCUCUCCUUUGCAUAAUCUCCAUUGUCACCCUUUAUUUGAUGAUAGUUUAUGCCGUUAUCGGGUUCAUUGCCAAAUCAGACCUUUUUAGAGUUGACGCGCAUGAAGUUGAUCAUAAGCCCUCCGGGUUGUCGCGGGAGGAGUUGCAAACGUUGCGAUGUUUUAAUCAUAAGAUCAAUGAAGCACAUGAAGAAUCAUUGAGUUGUUCAAUAUGUUUGGAUGAUUUUAAAGAUCUUGAGGGUGAGGGGGGCACCCUCGGUGACCCCAUGCGGGGACCAACUUCGCCGAGUGGGGUGGUGCCGCCAUCCAGGCGGGAGGCCAAAUCGGGGAGCCGGCACCGAAGAGGGAAGGAGAGAGAAGGUGGGCCCCCCAUUCAAUCAACCAAUGAAAACUUUUUUUUUUUUAAUAAAAAAACAAGUCACCUAAGAGGGGAGUGCCGCCAUCAAAUUGGGGUGUGAGGGGAGUUGACAUGGCAUAACCUGAUUGGGUGUGCGUAAGAGAGAGGACUCCCCUCUUAGGGGAGUGCCCCGCUCACCCUUAUGAGUAGAAAGAAUAAGCUACUUUCGGUUAUUUUUUCAAUCCACAAGUAAAAUACAUUUCAUGCAUUAACUGUCUCUUUAGUUUUCACGGUUGUAAAACACCUAAAAACUAUUUUAUUAAUAUUUAAAAGCUAAUUAUAUAA